UAUACCUAAUGAAAAUGAGUCCUUUUACCUCCAUGGCUCUUCCCCUGCAAGCUUCUGUCCCUGUUACAGCUAUUUUUUACCUCCUUUUUUUCCAAAGUGGUAGUUAAUCUGUCAUGGCUCCGAAUUACAUAUUUGAUAUGCUGAAAUCUCUUCCAUUUAUUUACAAAUUUUUACAUGUGGGCUUUGCCCUCCGAUCGAGCAUACUUUGCGAACAUACUUUGCCCUCCGAUCGAGCAAUUUCAGAUCGAGCAUACUUUGCGAACAUAGCCUUGCCCUCCGAUCCGACCCUCUUCACCGGUGGUGCAGGGCGUGCAGCUGCUGCUGCUCCUCCUUCCUCAACCGAGCUUCAUCUCCAGCAGCCGAGCUUCGUCCCCAGCAGCCGAGCUUCGUGUCCAGCAACCCAGCUCUGUCUCCAGCAACCCAACUCCGUCUCCAGCAGCCUAGCUCCACACAUCUGUCCGUCCCUGCAUUUCUCGGGCUUUGAUGGAACUUUAGAAGGUUUUACUUAAGCCCUCCUGCCGCCGAACCAUCUUCUAGUUCGAGUUCAAAUUUAUUUGAACCUUCAAUCUAACUCUGUAUAUGUAAUGCUUUAAAGGUAAACUAUAAAAUUUAAAAGAAUUU